AUGGAUCUAAAGGUUAAAACUGAACAUGAAGAAGUUGAUCUUCCUGAUCUGGUAGAUCCCCAAUUGUUAUCUGAAGAAUAUGGUACUGUAAAACAUGAGAAAUACACCUGUUCGGAAUGCCUAGAAGAUUUUAAUUGUGAAUUCCUUCUUAACAUUCAUAAAAUGACCCAUGACAAAACUCAAUACUGUUUUAUUUGUAAAAGAAAAGUUCACAAGCGUUUUAAAGAGCAUGUUAUGGACAAGCACUUCAAUCAAUGCAAUGUUUGUUUCCAAAAUUUUAAUUACAAAAGAAGCUUAGUUCGUCAUAUGGAGAUUCAUACUGGAAAUUUAAAUUAUAUCAAAUGUGAUAAGUGUGAUAAAAGGUUUAGGCAAAGAGGCAGUUUGUAUUCACAUGUGCGAUCCCACCAUGAAGGAAUUAAACCAUAUGCAUGCAAGAAAAUCACUCUACUGGCGGAAAAAGAAGAAAAUUUUUCUGAUUCUGCACAACCAAGUAACGGAGGCAAUAAAACUGUAAAUUUAGAAAAUACUGAUGCUGAAUUUGUCAUCAAUAAAACAAUAAAAAUGGAGAGAAUCGCUUCAACAGAGAAGAAUAAAAGAGACAGCGGCAAUGGAAAUUCAGAUAUGAACGCUGAAUUUGUUAUAAAUAAAAGAAAAAAAGUAGAUUUGAAUGAAGAAGAAGAAAACACUGAAAAAGCAAAACAAAAUAGAAAAAAAGAAUUACGUAGAUUGCGUAAUAUAAAAUAUCGAGCAAGAAUGAAAAAGGCAAAAAAAGCUGGAUUAAACCAGUUAUCUACAGAUCAUAAAAAAGAAUUAUCAAAGAAAAGUUCGCAGAAAUAUAGGGAUAAAAAAAGACUAGAAAUGCUCAAUACUGACAACAAUGCAGUAAUUUCAGAACAAUCAACAGUGAACAAUCUAUUACAUGUUCAAAAUCAGCCCAAGAUACACGAGCCUCAAAUAGUAGGGCCAUCCUGGUUAGAUGUUCCAACAUCAGAUUUUUAUUCAAAUUCUCUAAGUUUAGUUAAUUUGCAAAAACAUCAACAAUCAAAAAACAUUAAUUUUGAUAAUUCAGAUAAUAACAUUGCUCAAGCGGAUCCACCAAACAUUAUUUCACACAUUCCUGAAGAAACUAGAACUAAUCAAUCGCAACAUUCUAAUUCUCGUCCGCGGUACUCCUUGUAUAAUACACAUUGCAGUGCACAUUUAGAGUUGAAGAAGAAAUUCUUUGACAAUACCUUUGGUCAUGCUUGUGAUAUCUGUGAUAGAUUGUGGUUCAAAAAUGACUUGAAAAUAUUAAUAAACGACGAUGCAACUAGUAAUAUUGACUUUAUUAGAACACUUCUAACAAAUAGUGAUAUAUCAGUGAUUAGUGUAUGCAAAUCUUGUUUUCUACCAAUCGGGAAAAAAAGAGUUCCUAUUUUAUCAGUGUAUAAUGGGUUCAAAUAUCCAGAUUUUCCAGAAAGCUUGGUAAAUGUGCCAUUAGAUUUAGUUUCAGAAAGACUUAUUUCGCCAAGAAUACCAUUCAUGCAAAUUAGGAGACUCAGACAUAUUAAUAGACAAAAUAGAAUAUAUGGACAAGUCAUCAAUGUACCUAUAGAAGUUAACACAAUGGUGAAUCAGUUACCAAGAAAUGUGGAUGAAGAUCACAGCACUACUGUUAACAUUGAAAAAAACCAAAUUCAUAAAUCAAGCUCAAUUUAUGGAAUAGUUAAUAAAAGAAUAUUGAAACAUUGGUUAUCAUAUUUGAUAAAAACACCUCUUUAUGAAGCUUACAAUAUAACUAUUGAUGAAAAUUUUUUUGAAGGUAUUGAUUCUAUAAAUGAAGAAGAAAAUGAAAUUUUUGAAAAUAUUCCUGUUGAAGAAAGUUUAGUAGCACAACAGCAAACAUUACUGUGGAAUGAAGAUAUGUACUUACUAAAUAAUGUUGACAUCAGUCUUGUAUUCGAUCAACAUAUGGAAGAAUUAUCUUUUCCUGCAGUUUACUUAGGACAAUUUCGUAAAUUUUGCGAUGGUAUUGUAGUUACACCGUUUAUCAUGGCAACUAGCGAACUUAGACGAUCUGAUAGACGAGGAGUUAGUCCCCAUCACCUACUAUAUAUGGCAAUGAAAAUAAUGAGGAUCAGAGUUCGUGAUGCGCUUAAAGAUGCUGGUAUUACAAAAGAGCAAUUACAGAACCCGAAUUAUCUACAAGGUUGCGUUGAAAGUCAGUUAGCUUUCUUACGUUCAAUUCCAAAUUCAACAUGGUAUUGGCAAGAAAGAGAGAAAGAUCUGUUCGCAAUGAUUAGGCAACUUGGUAGGCCAACAGCACUUUUUACUAUAAGCGCUAACGAAAUAGGAUGGCCAAAUUUAUUACAAGUUCUGUACAAAUUGAAAAAUAAGGAAGAUAUUACUAUUGAAAAUGCAGAGAAGUUACAUUAUAUCACUAAAAGCACUCUAAUUAAUGAUGAUUCAGUUACCUGUGCAAUUUACUUUAAUAAAUUGGUUAACGUAAUCUUGAAUAUUUUGCAGUCGAAAAGAUUUAGUCCUUUUAAAAAAUUCAGAGUACUUCAUUACUUCAAAAAGAUUGAAUUCAAGCAUAAAGGAAGCCAACACGCACAUAUUUUAGCUUGGCUUGAUAGUGCUCCUCAAAAUGCACUCGAACGAGACUAUAACGAUGCAAUCGAACUAAUAGAUUCACUAAUAUCAGUAAAAAGUUCGGAAGCUUCGGGUAACAUAAGAUUCCAAACUCACAAACAUACUUUCACGUGUUCUUCAAACAAAUCUACGAAAUGUAGAUUUGAUGCCCCUUUCAUGCCUUCAAAAAAGACCGUUAUUUUAACACCAAUGAAAGAUAGUGAAAAUGGAUUUGAAAAUUAUAAAAAAAAAUAUUUUGAAAUAAAAAAAAACUUGGAGGAUACAGAUUAUAAAGAUAUGAAUGAUUUUUACCAAAAAAAUGGUAUCUUGACAGAUGAAGAAUAUAACAAAGUUAUAAGUGCAGGUAUUAAUCAACCAAGAGUUUUUUUAAAGCGUGAACCAAGUGAAAAGUGGCAUAAUCCAUUCAAUCCUUUCUUAUUAAAUGUAGUUAAAUCAACUACAGACUUCCAGUUUAUUACUGGGGAGUAUUCAUGUGCCGCUUAUAUCGUUGAAUAUGUCAAUAAAACAAAUAGAGGUGCAAGCGAUUUACAAAGAAAAAUUAUUGAAUCUAUGAACCAACAUCCAGAGUUUAAUAUAGCUGAAAUAACUAAAAAUAUUGGUGUUAAAGGUGAAAUGACAAGCCAAGAAGCUGCAUGGUACUUACUACGUGAACCAAUGUCCAAAACUUCGACUGACAUUGUAUACAUUCCUACGGUACGGCCCAUUGAACGACAAAGAAUCAAAUUGACAAUGAAAGAAUUGAGUGAUUUGGAAGAUGAUUGCACAGAUAAUUGGAAGGAAAAUUGGUUUGACAAGUAUGAAAAAAGACCAAAUUAUUUGGAAGAUAUUACUUUGGCACAAUUUGUAUCAAAUUAUUAUAAGACCCUCAAAGGAGAAUAUGUUCAGCGAAGUGAGCCAAGAAUUAUACGUUAUAGAAAUUAUGACAUGGCAAAUGAUUUCGAUGACUAUCGAAGAGAAAUGGUUACAUUGCACAUUCCCUUUCGUCACGAAGAGUCGGAAGUUUUAUCAGAAAUGAAAUUUAUUACGAUUUAUAAAGAUAAUGAAGACAGAAUACUACAAAAUCGAAAAGAAUUUGAGUCAAACAUAGAUAUAGCGAAAAUCAUUCAGAUUUGCCGUGAAUUAUGCUGA